AAAGGGGGCGGAGAUUAGUGGAAAAUCUCGAAAAAAUCCCAAAACAACAAAGAGACAAGGAGAGAGAGAGAGGGAGAGGACUCGGGGGAGAGAGAGGCUUCAGGCCUUCAGCCGUAGUUUCUGUCUGAGAACUUCGAAAGUUGUGGAAUUUAGAAUCAGGAAAGGGUAACAGAGGAGGGAGAAGGGAUGAUCUAGUUGAAUUUUGAGACAGAAAAUUCUCUUCGGUUGUAGACUUGUAGCAGUGGCGGUUUUACUUCAGCCUGCUUGAUUACUGGGAAGAAAAAACCAGCAAAAACUAGCAACUGUAGCUGCUUGAGGAUAUAGUUCACGGGAUUCAGCUGUUUCAGAAUCCCUGUUUGAGGAACUCAUCUGCUGAUAUGGAUCACCGAUAGUGGAACUCACUCUUAGUAGUUACAUGUCAGAACUUUCUGUUAGAAUGAUUUCCAUUUGAUCCUCAUGGUGGUAUCAGACUGGGGGUUUGUCCCCUAUAGAGUAAAUUUAAAUGGAAAGAAAACUGGAGAAAGGGAAGAUGGAGCAAUCCAAAAGCUAUGAGCAGCUUCGAUCUAUUUCCAUGGAAACUAAGAAUGAAGAACUUGGUCCUUCAGGUCAGAGGCCCAUGCAGGACCCAUCAAGCUUGAUUAAUACUAAUGUUAGACCUCCAGAGUUUGUAAUGAGUGGAACCAAGCCUGUACUUAAUUACUCCAUCCAGACAGGUGAGGAAUUUGCUCUUGAAUUUAUGCGUGAACGGGUGAAUCCCAGAAAGCCUUCUGUUCCAUCUGCCUCUGGUGAUCUACCCAGUGCAACACGCUAUAUGGAUCUGAAAGGAAUUCUGGGCAUUUCUCAUACAGGUUCUGAGAGUGGUUCAGAUAUUUCAAUGAUUGCCCCAGCAGACAAGGGUGGUGCUAAGGAGUUUGAGAGAAAGGGAUCUUCUAUGCAUGAAAACAAAGGUUAUUAUGAAUCUGUGCAUUCAGUUCCACGUACCUCAUCAAAAAAUGGUAGUAAUCGAGGACUUGUCCAUGGUUAUGCCUCUUCUGGAGCUUCUGAUGGUGGACCAGCAAAACUUAAGUUUCUGUGUAGCUUUGGGGGUAAAAUCCUACCCCGGCCUAGUGAUGGGAAACUCAGGUAUGUUGGGGGUGAAACACGCAUUAUACGGAUAAGCAAGGACAUUUCUUGGCAGGAGCUUAUGCAAAAAGCACUAACGAUUUAUGGUCAAGCUCAUACAAUCAAAUAUCAACUUCCUGGAGAGGAUCUUGAUGCUCUGGUUUCUGUCUCUUGUGAUGAGGAUCUGCAGAACAUGAUGGAGGAAUGCAAUGUGCUGGGAGAUGGGGAAGGAUCACAGAAACUUAGGAUGUUUCUGUUUUCCGCCAUUGAUUUGGAUGAUCCCCACUUUACUCUGGGCAGCAUUGAUGGGGACUCAGAAGUUCAAUAUGUAGUUGCUGUCAAUGGAAUGGAAUUGGGACCAAGAAGGAACUCAAGUGGGCAUGAUUUGGCAAGCAGUUUAGCAAAUAAUUUGGAUGAGCUGCUGAGUCUUGACCUUGAAAAGGUAUGUACCAGAGUUGCAGCAGAACCGGCUAUGGAAAGAACUACACCUUUGACAGGUAUUCUGGUCCCUCCUUCCACCAAAUCUUCUCAGCUAAUGCCAACCAAUCUGCCCAGUGCUUAUGAAACCCAUGUGCAGUCUUAUCAGGGUCAGAUAAUGCAUCAUGAAGAAUCUGAACAAUACUUGUUCUCUGCUAUACCCCCACCUCAGAGCUUCCACAAUAUGGAUCGGAGGAAUGCCAUUCCCUCGUCUGGUCCAUCACAUCAUGGCUUCCAUGCACAUCCUACAAAUUAUGUGCCAUUUGGGGAAAGUUCAAUUCCAAUACCCCACCCUGGGAAUCUGAUUCAGCAAGGGGGCUUGACUGUUGGGAAGCCAUAUAAUGUCUUACAAGGACAUGAUUCUGAAGUGCUGAUAAAGGACACUAAGCAGAAGCUUGAUGGUUCAAUCCAGAAAAAUAGUGAAUCUGAACAGAUUCGAUCUUUAGAAAAUGCAUAUUUUACUUCUUCACAGCCACAUGAUGGUUCUGUUCUUCAUUCUAUUCCCACUGAGGAAGUACCUGUUGCUACUACUGCACCAGAAAGAGGAGGAGGACCUAUGUUGUCUUCAAAAAGUGACAAAAAGCUCCAGGAACCUGUACAAGGUUCAGUGCCAGCAGAUACUGUUAGCAUUGGUCAGACUCAUAAGUCUAAUGAUGAUGACCCUUACCAUGCAUCUGGAGGAGUGUCGACAGUUGGAUAUACUGACUCUGAAGCUGAUCCAAGUGAUUUUAGCUACCCAGAACUACCUGUGCUUCCUCAUAGGGGUUUUCAGUCUGAGAGGAUCCCAAGGGAGCUGGGAGAGUCACAGAACCGGUUAUCAAAAUCUGAUGAUUCUUAUGGUUCUCAAUUUCUUUUAUCUCAUUCACGUUCUGAUAUGGCACAGCAAAACCCAAUCACAGAAUCUGCUGAAAAAUUGCACGAAGGGAAUUUGGUUACCCAGACUGAGCAGUCUGUAUCAUCAGCACAACCACUAUAUGUGAAUCCUACAACCAUUGGAGAUGGGCUGAUGGAAUUUGCGAAGUAUAAAGAACUGGCUGAUGUGAUCAAUCAAAUGAAUCCUAAGUUUUCUGAGGAGGGCAAGGAGUCAACAUUUCAAAAAUCAGAAUUGAACAAGGGAGUUCUCAGCCCUGUAGAUGAUAAAGAUACUGUCAAUGAGGAUGCAUCCCACCGUGGGCUCAAGGUCAAAGGUAACCAUAAAGAACACACUGUCGAUGAAGCAGAAGCUGGAUCUGAACAUCCAUCUGCAAGCCAAGAAACUUCCUCUAAGCAUCAGGAAGAUUCUGCUUCUAAUCUACCGGAGGUUCAAUGGGGUGAUGUGACUGCCAAGAAUACAAAUGUUGAUAGCACUAAAGCACAUAUGGAUCCUUUUGGUUGGACAGAGAACUCAGCUAGAGCUGUUUCUAGAGAAGAACCCUCUGUCAGUGUUGCCACAAAGGAACAGGGAGACAUUCUUAUUGAUAUCAAUGAUCGGUUUCCUCGUGAUUUCCUUUCUGAUAUAUUUUUGAAGGCAAGAGAAUCUGAGGAUAUAUCUGGCAUUAGUCCACUGAACAAAGAUGGAACUGGUUUGAGCUUGAAUAUGGAGAAUCAUGAACCGCAGCAUUGGUCCUUCUUUCAGAAAUUGGCACAAGAUGAGUUUGUCAGGAAAAAUGUUUCUCUUAUGGACCAAGACCAUCUUGGAUAUUCAUCUCCACUUACAAAAGUUGAAGAAGCAGCAACUGGGGCUUACAAUUUCCCACCCUUGAAGAGGGAUGGGGUUGCCUUGGGACAUGAUUCUCAAAUCAAUUUUGAGGAGGAAGUUCAGCUAGAAUCAUCUGGUGCUGGUGGAACUGAUACCAUUACUUCACAUCCUAAUUACAAUCAUCCUCAGGUCAAGGAUAGUGAAGGUAUACAGUUUGAUGGUCUGUCAUACUCUAAAGCUGUGGAGAAUGUAAUGACACCUGAUUCAGAAUAUGAGGAUGUUAAAUUUGAAAUUGGAAAUAUUGGUUUACCUCUUCUUGACUCUCCUCUGGGUGAUUUUGAUAUAAGUACGUUGCAGAUCAUUAAAAAUGAAGAUCUUGAAGAGCUGAGAGAACUGGGAUCAGGUACUUUUGGGACUGUGUAUCAUGGAAAAUGGAGGGGGACAGAUGUUGCCAUCAAAAGAAUAAAGAAGAGCUGCUUCACAGGUCGAUCAUCUGAGCAAGAGAGAUUGACUGUGGAGUUUUGGAGGGAAGCUGAAAUUCUUUCAAAGCUUCACCAUCCAAAUGUGGUGGCUUUUUAUGGUGUAGUGCAAGAUGGACCAGGUGGAACACUAGCCACUGUUACUGAAUACAUGGUGAAUGGUUCUCUUAGGCAUGUUUUACUUCGUAAGGACAGGUAUCUAGAUCGUCGCAAGAGGCUCACAAUUGCGAUGGAUGCAGCUUUUGGAAUGGAGUACUUACAUUCUAAGAACAUUGUACAUUUUGAUCUGAAAUGUGAUAAUUUGCUUGUAAAUCUAAAAGAUCCUGCACGACCUAUUUGUAAGGUAGGUGAUUUUGGAUUGUCUAAAAUUAAGAGAAAUACACUGGUUUCUGGUGGUGUAAGGGGAACCCUACCGUGGAUGGCUCCUGAACUAUUGAAUGGCAGCAGUAGCAAGGUCUCUGAGAAAGUUGAUGUUUUCUCCUUUGGUAUUGUCUUGUGGGAGAUUCUCACUGGCGAGGAACCUUAUGCAAAUAUGCAUUAUGGUGCAAUUAUAGGAGGUAUUGUGAAUAACACGUUGAGGCCCCCUGUGCCAAACUACUGUGACCUUGAAUGGAGAAGGCUAAUGGAGCAAUGUUGGGCUCCCGAUCCUCUGGCGCGGCCUUCUUUCACAGAAAUAGCCAGUCGUCUGCGUGUGAUGUCUGCGGCCAGUCAAACUAAACCACAAGGUUAUUCACAGACUCAGGCACCCAAGUAACAGUUUGGUUAUUGCGCCAUUAUUUAUGUUUUUUCAACCAUGCGAUACAGUGAUAAGAGUUAUUUAUUCAAUUACAUGGGGAACGGUGAUUGUGUAUUAUAUUAAUAUUAGUAGGGGGAAUUGCCUCCCAUAGGAAGUAUUGACAUAAUUACCUUGUUCAGUUCGCGAGGACAAACGCUGUGAUGUUCAAAAUUAUUAUGUCUUGUUGUGCUUGUGCAAAAACCUCAAGGAAUUGUUAUUGCAUGUGAAAUCGUUUCUUAAUAGAAAUACAUACUUUGUUUGUCA